ACCCCUCAUUCAUUUUGAUUUUUUGAGGAAUUUCGAAAAACCCGAGCACUCGAGAGAGAAAACGAGAGAGAGAGUUUCGAGGUUAGAGAAGAGCCAGAAUGUGAGAGAGGUUUUUGAGAAAAACAACAGAAAGGGCGAGAGACCGAGAGAGUUUGAGAAGAGGAGAGGGGUGUUCGAACUGAGAAAGAGAGAAAACGGAGAUAAGAAGGUAGAGACGACGGGAGAGAGAGAGCUCGGGUAGAGGGCAGAGAAAAUUUGAGAGAAAGAGUUCUAGGAGAAUAGAGAAAAUCUGAGAGAGAGAGAGAGGAGCGGCAAUUCAGAACAAAACCCGCGAUCUCCAUCUCCCCACCGGCGCUACCAUCCUUCGUUGGACGAGUUUCGGCCUCCAGUUGAUUUCCCGUUAAAACCUCAACUUAUCACUUUUCUGCCGUCGAUCUGCUUCCACUGCUACUAUCGAACUGCCGACCUAAGAAUUCCAUAUCGUCCAUUCGAGUUCUUCAAACCCAUCUGCGAAUACCAGCAUCGUUGAUACUUGUAAAGGCCACAAGAGGUGUAAAGUACUUUUGGACCUUUGGGGAGCCUUUGAGAGAUUUCUCUAAAAACAUCAAAGCUCGACGUUACAAGGUAUUGGGUGAAUAAUAGUAAGCUUCGGAAGCUGCUCUACCGUUGUAUCGGUAGCAGAUAGGGAACCAUGUCGUUCAUGAGAGGAGAUCUUCUAACGAGGACUAGGAAACUCGUAAAGGGUCUCGCCAAGGCCAAACCCAUAUGGCUCAAGGCCAUGGAAGAGGCUCCACCUGUGACUUUUCCUCGCACUGAUGGAAAAAUUGAGAAGAUUAGUCUUCCUGAGGAUGUAUAUAUAAAGAAGUUCUUUAAGAAGUACCCAGAUUCUAAACAUGAAGAUGCUAUCAGGAUUUGUGGUUUUGAGCCACCUCCAGCUCGUGUUUUUGGUUGGCGGGUGCUUGAAUUGAAAGAACAGGGAGCAACUGAAGAGGAAGCGAUGGCUGUAGCUGAUAUGGAGUAUCGAGCAGAGAAGAAGGCAAAGAAGCUAGCAUACAAACGACUCAAGCAAAUUGCACAUCUCCAAGGGAAGAAGCCACCCCCCAACCCAUACCCCAGUGCCAUUAAGGAGAUACAGGCCGAGGAGAGAAAGUAUGUACGUGAGCGUUUUAACAAUCCUAAGAUACUUGAGAUUGUGCAGAAAUUGAAAGAAGAGAGAAAGCUACAGAUGCAAGACAGGAGAGCAAAUGGUUGGUAACUGAGACUGAUCGAAUAGCAGUUCAAUAAGCUUGUCUCUCAAUAGGGUCAGCCAUAAGCUUGUUUUAUGGGCUCUUAGUUUCAGACUUGUCAAAUCUUGCAAGACAAAGUGCAGGAUAUUUUUGUUGAUUUGGGUUCCAGGUGCCGCAAAAAUGGAAUUUUGAGGACAUGGUUAAUUAACAAUUUGGUAUUGAUGCCAGUUCGAGCCCUUUGGAAGAUGUCUGAUACUCGGCACCAUCGGGAAAGAAAACUUGUUUGUUGGUUCUCUUUUCUGUUA